GACGUAUAAAUUGCGCGCCGAACUUACUUUCGUUCAAUGCUGAUGUGUUGCUGUAGUUGGCUGUUUGAUCAUUUCUUUACUACAGAAAUUAAGCUAAAAUACACCUCUAGACGUGGAUGUCGAUAGUUAGAAUAUUUUCUGCGACAUACUACGGGUCUGAAAUACACAAUGCCGCCAAAAGGAAAGGUGGGAACAAAAGGCAAGAAACAGAUAUAUGAAGAGAAUAUUGCCACGCUUAAAUUCUAUACAAGAGUCAUUCUUGGAGCAAACGCAAUAUUCGUUGCUAUCAACCUAAUGCUCUAUUAUAGCAGUUCAACGGUUUGGACAUGGAUCCUGCUGGUGUUUGCCCUGUCGGUCUACAUGGGGAGUUACCAGUCCAUGUCUGCCAUGGCCAAACCUACCUUUGCAGAUGAUGGCAGUCUACUGGAUGGUGGAAUAGAUCUGAACAUGGAGCAGGGCAUGGCAGAGCACCUUAAAGAUGUGAUUUUGCUCACUGCCAUUGUACAAGUUCUCAGCACAAUAUCAUCUUACUUCUGGUACCUCUGGCUUCUGGCUCCCGUACGGGCUUUGUAUUUGCUCUGGGUAAACUUCCUGGGUCCCUGGUUUUCAGCGGGGAGUCCGGCUGCCACAGAGGAGGUUAACGAGAAGAAACAGAGAAGACAGGAGAGACGACAAAUCAAGAAAUUUUAGCUUGGCAAAAUACUGAUGUCUGAUAAUGUUUUAAAUUAUUAUGGGAUAAUCUGCUUUUCUCAUAUUGGGCUAAAAAUGAGGGCCCCAACUGGCAAAUUUGUCAUUGACUGUAAUUUAUCAGCAUGUCCUGACAAUGACAAUGUUUUUUUCCUUUCUUAAGCAUAUAAAAUCAAAUUGAGUCCAUUAUUCUGUUUUUCCUCACUGUUACCUUGAGUUGUCUGGUGAAAGGUGCUCAUUGAAUGGCUGUACUGUUCCUCAGGUGCCAUUUCAUGUGCAAAGGCUUGGGAAUUUUUUUUUUUUUGAGUUGUUAGAUGUUGUCGUGACAUUUUGAAUGUCUAAUAAGAGAUCCCCUGUAAGUAACAUGAUUUUUAGAAGGGAUUCAAAAAUAGACUCCUCUAAAACUGUAUUUUUAUAUUCCUGAGGCAAACUGAUCUGUAUUAGAACCUGAGACUAGUCUUUCAUUUGUUUGCUGUCAUUAAUACAUUACAUUUGCUUCAGUAUUACAAUUUGGUAUAUAAUUCCAUGGUGUUCAUUGUUUCAUAAAUCACCAGGACUAUGCAUGUUGAAAUAUGUUCAAUCAGGAAUGUUGUGUCAUUCCUGAUGGGGUUAUACAGCUUUAUUAGGAUCAUAUAUUUUGUCUUUUAUUUUGAUAAAAUACAUAAGAUUGCAAGUGCUCUGGAAGUACAUUAUGCAUUACUGGAAUGAAAUUAUAAAUAGUGCAGGGAAUUGAGGAAUAUUGCUAUAAUUUUAUAAGAGUAUAAUAUACCUACAGGCUUUAUAAACGAAUUAUGAAAAUGGUUAACAUUGGUGUGUGUCAGCUGUGUCAAACCAGUUACUACAGUUCUUGCGAUUAAAAAUUUAGUAACAGAA